AUUUUUUUUUGGAAAAUGAUAAACGAAAACUAAAAACAACGCGGAGCCGACAAAAUAUCGUUAAUUAAGUUCAUUUUAUUCGUAUAAUUCGAGUUUUAUUUGUUUUAUUGGUGUUUAUUCUUGUUAAUUAAUCGCAAAAUGACCGACUUCUACCUCCGAUACUAUGUCGGUCAUAAGGGAAAAUUUGGACACGAGUUUCUCGAAUUCGAAUUCAGACCAGACGGUAAACUAAGGUACGCCAAUAACUCCAACUAUAAAAACGACACCAUCAUCCGUAAAGAAGCUUAUGUUCAUACUAUCGUAACCGAUGAAUUGAAGAGAGUAAUCUCAGAAAGCGAAAUCAUGCAGGAAGACGACUCUCUAUGGCCAGCGCCGGAUCGUGUCGGCCGGCAAGAAUUAGAAAUCGUUAUCAACGACGAACACAUCAGUUUCACAACGUCCAAAAUCGGCUCUCUGGUGGAUAUCAGUCAUACAAAGGAUCCGGAAGGACUUCGCUGUUUCUAUUAUUUAGUCCAAGAUUUGAAAUGUUUGGUGUUUUCUUUGAUCGGAUUACAUUUCAAAAUUAAACCCAUCUAAUGUAUUCGUUAAUUACUUUUGGAACUUUUUUUUUUAUAAUUAUGUACAUUACACUAACUAAGUGAUAGAUUUUCCAUUAAAAUAUUUUCACCUA